AACCCCUAUUAUAGAGAUAAAGUUGAGCAGACUUCUCACAGUCAAAGAGAUCUGGCAGAACCUGGUUUCCCAGCACAGUCUAGCCAACUUGCAACUCACCAAGAGGAUGACGUGGACUUGGAAGCACUUGUGAAUGACAUGAACACAUCCCUGGAGAGUCUGUACUCGACCUGCAGCAUGCAGUCAGAGACGGCGCCCCUCCUCCAGAAUGGGCAGCAUGCCUGCAGCCCCCUGCUGACCUCAGGCACAAGAACGCUCCAGCCACAGGUGUCCCCGCAGCAGAAGGUGCAGCGCUCACAGCCUGUGCACAUUCUGGCUGUCAGGCGCCUUCAGGAAGAAGACCAGCAGUUUAGGACCUCGUCUCUGCCAGCCAUUCCCAACCCCUUUCCUGAGCUCUGUGGUGCUAGGAGCUCCCCUGUGCUCUCACCAGGCUCCUUGCCUCCGAGCCAGUCCACAGCUAAGCAGGAUGUUAAAGUCUUUAGUGAAGAUGGGACGUGCAAAGUGGUGGAGAUUCUAGCAGACAUGACAGCCAGGGACCUGUGUCAGUUGCUGGUUUACAAAACUCAUUGUGUGGAUGAUCACAGCUGGACGCUAGUGGAGCACCACCCGCACCUAGGAUUAGAAAGAUGUUUGGAAGAUCACGAACUGGUAGUCCAGGUGGAGUGCACCAUGCCAAGUGAAAGUAAAUUUUUGUUCAGGAAGAAUUAUGCAAAAUACGAGUUUUUUAAAAAUCCUAUGAAUUUCUUCCCGGAACAGAUGGUUACAUGGUGUCAGCAAUCAAAUGGCAGUAUUCCCCAAACCCAGCUUUUGCAGAAUUUUUUAAACUCCAGCAGUUGUCCUGAAAUUCAAGGCUUUUUGCAUGUAAAAGAGCUGGGAAGGAAGUCUUGGAAAAAGCUAUACGUGUGUUUGCGAAGAUCAGGACUUUAUUUCUCCACAAAAGGAACUUCAAAGGAGCCCCGACACUUGCAGUUGCUGGCUGACUUGGAAGACAGCAACAUCUUCUCCCUGAUCGCUGGCAAAAAGCAAUACAGCGCUCCCACCGACCAUGGGUUCUGCAUAAAGCCAAACAAAGUAAGGAAUGAAACUAAAGAGCUGAGGUUGCUCUGUGCAGAAGAUGAGCAAAGCAAGACCUGCUGGAUGACAGCGUUCAGACUCCUCAAGUGUGGAAUGCUUCUGUACCAGAAUUUCAGGAUCCCUCAGCAGAGAAAAGCCUUGGUCUCGCCCUUCUCAACACCUGUGCGCAGUGUUUCCGAGAACUCCCUUGUGGCCAUGGAUUUUUCUGGGCAAACAGGAAGAGUGAUCGAGAAUCCAGCUGAAGCCCAGAGUGCAGCCUUGGAAGAGGGCCAUGCCUGGAGGAAGCGAAGCACGCGGAUGAAUAUCCUUGGUAGCCAAAGUCCCCUCCACCCUUCUACCCUAAGUACAGUGAUUCAUAGGACACAACACUGGUUUCACGGCAGGAUCUCCAGGGAAGAAUCACACAGGAUUAUUAAACAGCAAGGACUUGUGGAUGGGCUUUUUCUCCUCCGUGACAGCCAGAGUAAUCCAAAGGCAUUUGUACUCACACUGUGCCAUCACCAGAAGAUAAAAAACUUUCAGAUCUUACCUUGUGAGGAUGAUGGUCAGAUGUUCUUCAGUCUUGACGAUGGGAAUACCAAAUUCUCUGACCUGAUCCAGCUUGUGGACUUUUAUCAGCUAAAUAAGGGAGUUCUACCUUGCAAACUCAAGCACCACUGCAUCCGAGUGGCCUUAUGACCUCACGUCGACUCUUGGCUUAAGACUGGAGGAAGUUACACUGGAAUGAAGAAGAGGUCUGUCUGUCGGUUAAGAACACAUAUCUAUUCGGCACCUUGGGACUCAGAGAGAGAUGAGUUUGUUCGGUGCCAUCCAACCAAGAUUGACUAGUUCGUUGGAUUUAGCAAUGAUUUGCUGCUGAGGAAGCAGCAGAAUCACCUCCUGCUACAUUUGCCAAAUCACGGAGGGUAUGAGAAAUCAUGUGCUAACUUGAGAAUAAACUGGAAUGAUCAUCUUGGCUGGGCCACUUAGGAACAAGAACCGAAGAGAAAUCAUAGGAAAUGGACUCUUGCCCUGGAAUAAUCUUGACAAUUAAAACUGAUAUGUUUA